CCCCAACAAGGGAGUCGUUGCCGUCUCCUCCUCGUCCUCCCCCACCCCUCCUUCCUCACCCCUUCCUCCGCGCCGCCGAGGUCUCACGUGCUCCUUUUAAGGCGCUCUCCGCCCGAGCCCCGCCUCGCGAACCCUAGCGCGCGACCGCACUCCCGCGAUGUUGCCCGAGAUCCGCGAAGAGGGCGGCAGCGGCGCGGGCACGAGCGGUGGAAAGGCGAUGUCGGUGUCGCUGAGCGGGAAGCGGGGCCGGUACGUGCGGCAGGUGACGGGCCGCCACAACGACACCGACCUGCACGUGGCGGCGCGGGCCGGGGACGCCGCGGUGCUGCGCCGCGCGCUGGACGAGGCCGCGGUGGUCGUGGCGGUCGGGGAGGGAGGGGAGCAGCUGGAGGCCGUGCGCCGCGCCGUGGCCGCGGAGGCCAACGAGGCCGGGGAGACGCCGCUCCUGGCCGCCGCGGAGAAGGGGCACCUGGAGGUGGUGGUGGAGCUGCUCCGGCAUCUGGACUCCCAGGGCGUCGCCGCGAAAAACAGGUCGGGGUAUGACGCGCUGCACGUCGCGGCCAGAGAAGGGCAUCAUGCUGUUGUGCAGGAAAUGUUAUGUCACGAUAGGAUGUUUGCCAAAACAUUUGGCCCUGCAAAUACUACCCCGCUUAUAUCAGCAGCUACAAGGGGACAUGCUGAAGUUGUCAAAUUGUUACUUGAACAAGAUGAUUUUGGAUUGGGAGAAAUGGCCAAAGAUAAUGGCAAAAAUGCUUUACAUUUUGCUGCUCGACAGGGACAUAUGGAAAUUGUUAAAGCAUUACUUGAGAAAGAUCCACAGCUAGCAAGACGAAAUGAUAAGAAAGGUCAAACGGCACUGCAUAUGGCUGUGAAAGGAACUAACUGUGAUGUUCUUAGAGCACUUGUUGAUGCUGAUCCAGCAAUUGUAAUGCUGCCCGACAAAAAUGGAAACACUGCCUUGCAUGUAGCAACAAGGAAAAAGCGAGCAGAGAUAGUUAUUGUUCUUUUGCGGCUACCAGAUACCCAUGUCAAUGCACUGAACAGAGAUCACAAGACUGCUUUUGAUAUAGCUGAAGGGUUGCCACAUUGUGAGGAGUCGUCUGAAAUUAAGGAUAUUUUAUCUCAACAUGGCGCUCUCAGAUCUAGAGAGCUAAAUCAGCCUCGAGAUGAGCUCCGGAAGACAGUGACAGAGAUCAAGAAAGAUGUCCACACACAGCUCGAACAGACAAGAAAAACUAACAAAAAUGUGCAUGGCAUUGCUAAGGAACUCAGAAAGUUGCACAGAGAAGGCAUCAAUAAUGCAACGAACUCUGUAACUGUUGUUGCUGUGCUUUUUGCUACCGUUGCUUUCGCAGCUAUAUUCACUGUACCUGGUGGAAAUGACAACAAUGGAGUUGCGAUUGUUGUCCAGACUGCCUCCUUUAGGAUAUUCUUCAUCUUUAAUGCCAUAGCUCUGUUCACAUCAUUGGCGGUGGUCGUGGUUCAAAUAACAGUUGUCAGGGGUGAAACAAAGUCCGAGCGAAAGGUUGUUGAGGUGAUCAACAAGCUUAUGUGGCUGGCAUCAGUUUGCACAACCAUUUCUUUCAUUGCCUCAUGCUAUAUUGUGCUAGGCCGCCAUUUCCAAUGGGCAGCAAUACUGGUUAGUUUGAUAGGUGGUGUUACAAUGACUGGUGUUCUUGGAACAAUGACGUACUUUGUGGUGAAAUCAAAGCGCAUGAGGAAGAUUAGAAAAAAAGAGAAGAUGUCGAGAAGAAGCGGCUCAAGCUCCUGGGUUGAUAAUACUGAAAUCUCAGAGACUGAGCUUAAUCAAGUGUAUGCCUUGUAAAGAGAUAGGGUGUUUGAACUCAGCCUUGCCUCUGCAAUUGAGAAUGUACAUGCUUAAUCAAGUGUAUGCUUUGUAAGACACAGGGUGUUUGAACUCAGCCUCAUAUCUGGAAUCGAGAAUGUACAUGAAAAUUCCAGAUGCGCGCAUUAACAAAUAGAUUACUCACAUUA